UAGUUCGCAGCCCAGAGGCUACCGUGGCUGAGUGCGAGCGAAGGAAUGUGGUGCUGUGGAUUUCUCUGAAUCUUUUUGUUUUCUUUGUGAUGUGCUGAGUGUUCAGUCAUGCCUUAGUGUGUUGGUGUUUGGUGGCUUGUGUUUGUGAUAUUUCUUGUGGUAUAUACGAGAAAUUUCAACCUUUUUAACUGGAUUAAGUUCGCACUUUCUUCCCGUGAAUUCGGAUCAGCCGCGUAGGGACUAUAUCAACAGAACGACAACUGAUACAAUACGGAUCGCAGAGAGUUAGUACUGUUCUUUCUUUGGGAAUACUGGCGUAAGAUGCAGCGUGUGUUGGGUGUCGCCGCGGGGCCAGUACUCGGCGGCGGGGCCUUUCGCACCACCACCAGCCGGGUGGCAUGGCGGCCCCAAUGAGAUCGAGCUCGGUCCAAGAAGCGGGCCACCGACCGAGGGUGGCGGACUUAAGCAGCAGCGGCAGAGCGACGACGGGAAGCCAGCAGCCGGCUGCCAAGGCGGACGCGAGCCAGACCGCCGGCCAGACUGCCUCAACCGCCCCCGGUAAUUUCGAGUACGAUGACAACGAGUGGGAUAUAGGAAUCGGCGAUCUGAUCAUCGACCUGGAUGCGGACAUAGAGAAGACAACGGAAAAAACAAUUGAAUCAACAUCUAUGGCGGCCAACGCGGCCGGAACCCAAGCCACGAAGGCAGCAACGGCCAAGAUGGCGGUCGAGCAUUCGGCUACCGUAGAUAAAGGACUGAAAAUGAAGAUUAAGAGAACGAAACCAGGCACGAAGACUUCCGAGGCGAAGCACGAGAUCGUGAAAAGCAACGAACAAAACGGCGUUUCGGAAACUGGUGACGUGAAGGGGGGCGGAAGCGCCAGCGGCCCCCAGGUGAAGCAUUCUAGUGUGUCUUCGAACAGUGGCGUCGCGGGCGGGCAGCCCGCGGGCCCGCCGAACAAUGCGAACAAUAACUCAGGCGGCGGCGGCGGCAACAGCAAGCGCGGCUCGAGCGGACACAGGCGCGACAAGGCGCGCGACAAGCACACGAGCAACGACAAGACUCCGUCGCAGCCGGUUCCGAAAGUUAGUGGAGUGACCAAUCAAAAUCCUAGUGCGAUUUCCGAGAUGAACGGUAUAGUGAGGGUGGGCGCGCCUCAGACGGGCCCCCCGAGGCCGGUGUUCCCGGCCAGCACGGGCCCCGGGCCUCCACAGUGCGCGAACGCGGGCCCCUCGCCCGGUCCCCCGCCGAGUCCGGCCGCGGCCACUGCUCAAGGAUCGGCCGCCAAGCCGGAGCAGGCGAAAGUUGCUUCCACCGCCCCGGUCAUCCAGAACGCGACGACGUCUUCGGGAGGCGAGGAGAGGAACGCCGCCUCGCCUCCACCCUCCAAGAAGAUGAAGAGCGAUGUUAAGGUCGAAACGUCGGACGUUUGUGUCGGUACAAGUAUUGGAACCAUAACAGAACCAGACUGCCUUGGCCCAUGUGAACCUGGUACUAGUGUCACAUUAGAGGGUAUUGUCUGGCAUGAAACGGAGUCAGGCGUACUGGUAGUAAAUGUUACAUGGCGAGGAAAGACAUACGUAGGCACCUUACUCGAUUGUACUAGGCAUGAUUGGGCUCCUCCAAGGUUUUGUGAUUCUCCGACAAGUGAUUUAGAUAACCGAACUCCAAAGGGUAGAGAAACCCGAUCCUCAGUACAUAGCAAAUUACGGAAUGGCGGCAUCAAAGGACGCAGAGGUGCCGCGAACGGUUCAGGGCCGUCGACAGCCCCUUCUUCCCCCACCCCCUUCGUGUCUCCCAGAGCGGAACCGUGCAACAAGCGAAAGAGCAGGACAGAGGACGAGGCUCAAAACCAGAAGGAAUCGAAGAAAUCCAAAGUAAUCAUUCCUCCACCGGUCCCCCCGCCUGUAAUAGUUCCUACCAGCACGACAACGACGACCUGUUCAUCUCCCCCGCCUUCCCCCGUGCUCCUAGAAUGCCCGGAGCCCAAUUGUUCGAAAAAAUACAAACAUAUCAACGGCUUGAAAUAUCAUCAGAGUCACGCCCACGGUUCGGCCGACGACGAUGACACCAAAGACGUUACCUCGAUGUCCGAAAAUGACGAGUCGAACAUCGAGGCCCCUAGUCCCAUCACUCCCGUCAAGUCCCCCGAGAAGAGCCAGGACAGUCCCCUGCCGGCGCAGAAACGUGACGAUGAGAUCGCGUACAUUUUCAAGUCGGGAAACAUCCUGGACGUACCCAGCCAGCCCACCACGCCGAGGAGCACUCCGCCAUCGCCGGCCAUCCCACAGGGACUGCCCGAUCUGGCCUCUGGAACGAGCGUCAGUUCGCCUGUGGAAAAUAAGAACAUCGUCAAGCCGGGCGUUCUUCGUUUCAAUAACGCGGAAGAAUUCCCUGUUGGAGUUUUCUCUUCCAAUAAAACUCAGGUUUCCGGAACAUCGACCCUUGUUUCUUCAGGACGCAACGCACCAGUGCCAGUACUAGAGCAACCUUUACCUCAGAACGAAUCUCCAAUACAGCCCCAAACAUUCACGAACCCGUUACAAACCCAAGUUUGUAGUUUGCCCCCUCAGCAGUUUGUUCAGUCUCCAACAUUGGCAAUUCCAACCCAAACAAAUCCCUCACAGAUGACGUCGCAACUUUCGCCUCAUCCGAAUCAGCCUCCCUCCCCGGCUUGUAAAAUUACGAAUUUCAAGGUCAAGCCAACUGCCGCGCUGAUGCCGGAUGAGAAGAAAAACCCUCCUCAGAUAAACCAAACCAAACCUCAAAGCUUCAAGAAGAAAAACAGAAAGUCUCCUGCUGGUAGUCCCCAUCCACCUCAGUCUGACCAACCCAUGUUCGGAAUGGAACAAAGUGGAAGGGAUGAAGUUCGAAGUCCAGCUUAUUCCGAUAUUUCGGACGAUGGUGCCCCUGUGAUAGAAUCGGAGGUUGGCGACAAGAAUAAAAAUCCAAAUAAAAAAGCUGAUCCAGGUCAGCCUCUGUCACACAUGUCUCAGUAUGGGAUGUAUCCCUUUUAUGGCCAGUCACAAUACUUGGUGCCGAAUGUCCAGCAACAACCAGCGCCCCAGGAUCAAAAUAAACCCAAAGAACCAGAGAAACAAACUGAGAAAGCAGCUACUGACAAGGAAAUUAAGAAAGAAAGUGGAGAUUAUCCAUCCAAACCUAUUUCAGGUCCCACCCAGCAUUAUUAUCCAUUUGGAUACAUGAGUGGGUAUCCAGGAUAUCCAGUUGAUCCGAAUUAUGGAAUCGUUCAGGAAGAUAAAAUGAAAGAGGAACGGGUGAAAGAAUCUCCUAGUCCAAUUGAGCAACAGACAGUGAACAAACCCAUUCCAAAUCCUAUUCAAGUACCUAAUCCCGGUAAAUCAAAACAGGACUCUAAUCUGAACAUGAAGGACAAGCACCAAAAUGAUAAUCAUCAAAUAUUGAAGGAAAGUAUUGAGAUGAAGAACCAAAUGAAUCCUUAUAUGUAUUCAAGGCCAUCACAACAACAGCCUCCGACAUCCCAUCAUAACCAGAGAGAGGAGGAUGUGAGGAGAUUUUAUGUCUAUGAACAAAGACGAAAAGAAUCGCAGCAACAGCAGCAGCAACAACAACAAGUACAGCAAAAUCAGCAACAACAGCAGCAGUCUCAGGGUCAACCAAAUGUGGAAUCCCAUAAGAGUGGUUCAACAGGAAAAGGAGCUCCUCCACCAAGUCCCAACGUAAAGCAAUAUAAAGAUGCAAAAUUAGAAGAUAAAGAUAAAAAAGACAUAAAACAAGAAGGGGUUAAACCUACUAUGGAAACUCAGGGCCCUCCUCCACCUCCAACUUCACAAUACGCUUACAUACACCAUAAUUAUAUGCAAUCCCCUCAUUAUGGGGCGUUGCAUUUUGACCCUAAUCAUUCCAUGUACAGGGGGCUGAUGGUUCCAGGGCCGUAUAGUACUAAUCCUUACCUAUUGAAUACCCAAAUACCUAGAUAUCAUGCUCCAGAAGAUUUAUCAAGAGCACAACCUCCAACCAAAGCCUUAGACAUGUUAGAACAUCAUGCGCAAUAUUACUCCCAGCAUAAGAUACAUGAACUGCAGGAAAGAGCUAUCAAGUCCCCCACUCCCAAAACUUCAGCAGCCAGUUCUAGUCCUUCUGCAAACAGUGGAGGUCCACCCACCGGUCCUUCUUCACAAAUCAGCUCCUCAUCUCCAAUGUCUCAGCCAACUAAUGUACCUCCAACUGGAGGAAAACAAACACCAGGUGCCAACAAGGAAUCUAGGUCUCCACCUCCACAGAGACAUGUGCAUACCCAUCAUCACACUCACGUAGGCCUUAGUUAUCCCAUGUAUCCAGCCCCCUAUGGAGCUGCUGUGAUAGCAAGUCAACAAGCUGCAGCUGUUACAGUUAUCAACCCUUAUCCGACAAAGUGAAAUCAAUUAAAAUCAAACAAACCUUUGUAGUGUCGAGAAACAUUCCAUAGCUCUGACUGGUAAACUUUAGUAUGCACUGACACAACAGUAACUCCAAUGUGUUGAUCCUUAAAGGCGUUGUUUUUUAUUAAUAUUGCGCUGUUUCGCGUCAAAACUAUUUCCUGUAAAUGAUUUCAUUUCUGUAAAUAAUGUAAAGGCAAAAAGGUCCUUAAUUCAUCAUUUAUAGAAAAUAUGUAGUAGACUGAUAUAAUAUUAACUGACCUGUUAGAGAGGUAUAUGUAUUUUUUAAUGUACUUGGUCUUAUUUUCACUGAAUUUCUAUAAGUUUAAAUAUAUGUUCUAUUUUUACUAUUAUCUUUAACUUCGUUCCAGUUUUAUUGGAAUGAUGUUUGUACAAUUGAAACAUUGUUUUUUUUUACUGAAAAUGCAUCUGUACAGCUUGUAAUAUUCUGUAAAUAUCAUCUUAAUAAUAAAAGCUGAUUUGCUUUGUAUCUGUAAA